AUGUCAGACGGCCAAGCUCCUGCACCGGGUUUGCCCCCGGCCAUCUCGAACCCGGACGAAGAUGAGAGUGGUAGAAUCUUGGGCGCUGUCGUUGCCGUGACGACGCUGGCCCUGAUCACGGUCGCGACGCGGUUCUACGUUCGCAUGGUCAUGAUCAGGAGCUUUGGAUGGGACGACGCUAUGAUGGCACUCACCAUGUUGACUUCGCUGGCUGGCUGCGGCGUGGCUGUCGCCUCGGUCCACUAUGGCGCUGGCCGACAUCGUGGAGAUAUUCCACCCGACGAUUUUGAGACUGGGAUGAAGCUCAACUUUAUCAGCCAGCCAGUGUACCUGUUUGCUAUCUGCUUUGUCAAACUGGCCGUUGGCUGCUCGCUCCUGCGGAUCGCGUCCACCAAGUUCUACACAUGGCUCAUCAGCGGCAUCAUGGGCUUUAUGCUAUUCUAUACCAUUGCUUGCUUCUUCGUGGGUCCCUUCUUUGCCAGUUUUGCGUUUCUUGACUCACCUCGCCUGCAGACCAUCAUCUUACAGUGCACAGACAUUCGUGUCCUAUGGAACCCAAACAUCCGGUCGACCUGCUGGACCAUGCAGACCCUCCAAGGCCUGUCCUACACGAAUGCUGCCCUCAACAUUCUCACAGAUCUGCUCUUUGCCGUCAUCAUCCCUGCCCCCAUGCUGUGGAACCUAAACGUACAACGACGGACACGCAUGACUCUCUUGUUUGUCCUCGGCCUCGGCGUGUUUGCCUGCGCCGCCGCACUCGUCAAGGUCGGCUACGUGGUCAACUAUGGCAAGGUGGGCGACUUUCUGUGGGACUCGCGGGACAUCACCAUCUGGACAGCGACCGAGACCAAUGUCGGCAUCGUCGCGGGCAGCCUGCCGACGUUGCGCCCCAUCUUCAAGACCUUCCUCGGCAGCAUCUACGGACGAGGCACAAAGCCAACCAACAGCCAGAGCCAUUUCUACGGCCACGGCACCAAUCGAGGUUCCAAACAUUGGCAGGCCCUGUCCUCCAGCGGCGGGCGCAACAGAAGCAGGCCGGCGGAUGACCUCGCAGACGAGACGAGCAGUCAGGAGGCCAUUGCCUUGGGGCGGAUAAGGGACGAGUAUGACUUGACGGGCAAGGCUGGUGGUGCUACGACAAUCGUGACCGCAGCUGGCGCCACCGGCGAAGACCCCGAUCAAAGCGGCAUGGCGUCGGGCCUGUAUCCAAAAGGAAUCCAGAAGACAACGUCGACAACUGUGUAUCAUUCUGAGUUGUGA